AUGCAUAUCCCUACUCUUGUAACUCUCGCCUGCAUGGCGGUCAGCGCCAGUGCGUUCCAAUACCCAGACUUUGUCCCAUUGCACCGUCGGCAGGACCCCGGUACUCCCGAGUACGACUGCCAUGCAAACUGCGGGGGAGUCAUUGCUGCUGCUCGUAAAGACGGCUACUGCGAUACCGACACUUUCAAAACCGAGUUAUCUGAAUGCCUUAAGUGUGCACUCAAGUACGACAUGUGGAAGUAUUACGGCUCGGGUGUUUCCAAGGCCGCUACUGGAUGUGGUGUGGACGCCACUCCUGUCGAAGCGUCCUCCACUACGACCACGGCCGCUGGUAGCGCCAGCGCUACUGAAACGGGAAACUCAGUCACCUUAUCCCCGUCUUCCACUUCGACUAACGCUGGUGCAACCACGGGUGCAACCUCUGCUGCUUCUGGCGUUACGCCUAGCUCUAGCGGUGCGAUUACCUCGACACCCGCUGCAUCUACCGUGGUGUCUUCUGCGACACCGUCUCAGAACUCGACUGGCGGUGCUUCGCCGAGUGUCAGCUUAUUCCCUGGAGCUGCGUCUACCAUUUCGCACGAUGGACUGCUGCUUAGUGUGCUAGCUGGAUGUCUUGCUGUGGCCUUUUUGUAA